AUGAAAGCCAAGGCCAAGGCUCAAGAGGACUACGCAGAAGCCCAUAGAGUAGUGAAGAGAAACAUCAAGAAAGACAAAAAAGAUUAUAUAGAAGGACUGGCAGCAGAAGCGGAGCAGGCAGCAUACAGUGGCAACAUGAAACAUGUGUAUGAUAUCACCAAACGACUCUCCGGGAAGUUCAGCAAGCCAGAAAGGCCAGUCAAAGACAAGCAGGGGAACACCAUCAAUAGUCAAGACCAGCAGAUGACCAGAUGGGCAGAGCAUUUUAAAGACCUCCUGAACAGGCCCGCACCCCCAAACCCCCCAGACAUAGCAACAGCUAGCAUGGAUCUCCCGAUUAACUGUGAAAAGCCGACCAGAGCAGAGAUCAGGAAGGCUAUCGCCCUGAUGAAGAACAGGAAGGCGUCUCGACCCGACAAUAUACCAGCAGAGGCCCUAAAGGCAGACCUGGAUGCAUCAGUGGAGAUGCUGUACCCACUCUUUGAGAGGAUCUGGGAGGAAGAGAAUGUACCGGCAGACUGGAAAGAAGGAUACCUUAUCAAGAUCCCUAAGAAAGGGGACCUCAGCGACUGCAACAAUUACAGGGGCAUCACACUCCUAUCGGUGCCAGGAAAGGUCUUCAACCGAGUCCUCUUGGAGAGGAUGAAGGAAACCGUAGAUUCGCAAUUGCGAGACGAACAGGCAGGCUUCCGGCAAAAUAGAUCCUGCACUGACCAAAUCGCUACUCUACGCAUCAUAGUUGAACAGUCCUUGGAGUGGAAGUCAUCAUUGUACAUCAACUUCAUCGACUAUGAAAAGGCAUUCGACAGCGUGGAUCGAGAAACCCUCUAGGAGCUCCUUCGGCACUAUGGCAUCCCAGCCAAGUUGGUCAACCUGAUUAAAAUCUCCUAUGAAGGCAUUUCCUGCAGAGUUAUACAUGGAGGACAGCUCACAAACAGCUUCCAAGUACGAACAGGAGUCCGACAAGGAUGCCUGUUGUCACCUUUCCUCUUCCUUCUCGCAAUCGACUGGAUUAUGAAGACAUCCACCAGCGAGCGUAGGAACGGAAUACAAUGGACUCAGCUCGAUGACUUAGACUUUGCCGAUGAUCUGGCACUACUUUCCCACAGCCAGCAGCAGAUGCAAGAGAAGACAAAUGUAGUGGCAACCUUGUCGCAGCAAAUCGGCCUAAUCAUCCACAGGGACAAGACCAAGAUCCUAAAGACCAACUCAGCAAGCAGAGAACCCAUCACCCUGAAUGGGAGCCCCCUGGAAGAAGCGCAGUCCUUCACAUAAUUGGGAAGCAUCAUUGACCAGCAGGGCGGUUCAGAUGCAGGUGUCAAGGCAAGGAUUUGUAAAGUAAGAGCCCCCUUCGCCCAGCUCAAGAACAUCUGGACCUCCAGAGAGCUGUCAGUGACCACCAAGAUCCGAAUAUUCAACUCCAACGUAAAGUCAGUCUUACUGUAUGGGGCAGAGACCUGCAGGAUAAAUAAGACUACCAUCAGAAAAGUACAGACCUUCAUCCACACCUGCCUCAGAAGAAUUCUCCAGAUCCGAUGGCCUGACACCAUCAGUAAUACCAACCUCCGGGAAAGGAGGGGCCAACUCCCUGCUGAAGAAGAAAUCAGGAAGAGGAGAUGGGGCUGGAUAGGGCAUACCCUACGAAAACCACCAACCAGCAUCUCUAGGCAGGCGUUGCGGUGGAACCCACAAGGCAAGCGGGAGAGAGGUCGGCCAAGAAACACCUGGCGACGCGACCUUGAGGCUGACACCACCAAGAUGGGCUACACCUGGAACCAGUAAGAGAAAAUGGCCCAGGACAGAGGACUCUGGAGAGCUGUUGUUGUUGGCGGCCCAUACCCUGGUAGGGGUGACAGGCAGUAA